AUGGCGUCGUCCAAGCCUUCGUUCCCCUUCCCCGUCCCGGCCCCCGACCCGUCCGACGAGGUCGUGCGCGAGUUCGGCCCGCUGCUCCGGAUCUACAAGAGCGGCCGCAUCGAGCGGCCCCUGGUGGCCCCGCCCGUGGAUCCCGGCCACGACGCCGCCACGGGCGUCCAGUCCAAGGACGUCCACCUCGGCUCCUACUCGGUCCGCCUCUACCUGCCCCCCGUGGCCGCUGACGGCGCCAAGGCCAAGCUGCCCGUCGUCGUGUACUUCCACGGCGGCGGCUUCGUGGCCGAGUCCGCCGCGUCGCCCAGCUACCACCUCUUCCUCAACAGGCUGGCCGCCGCCGUCCCCGCGCUCGUCGUGUCCGUCGACUACCGCCUGGCGCCCGAGCACCCGCUCCCGCGGGUACGACGACUGCCUCGCCGCGCUCAAGUGGCGUCCAGCAGGAGUCCCGCCCGCCGCCGCCGCCGCUCAAGGGCGCCGUGCUCAUCCACCCCUGGUUCUGGGGCUCCGAGGCCGUGGGCGAGGAGCCCGCGGACCCGCCGCGCGCGCGCCAUGGGCGCGGGGCUCUGGUUCUUCGCGUGCCCCGAGACCAGCGGCAUGGACGACCCGCGGAUGAACCCCAUGGCGCCCGCCGCGCCGGGGCUCCACACGCUGGCGUGCGACCGCGUCAUGGUGUGCGCCGCGGAGGGCGACUUCCUCAGGUGGCGCGGCCGCGCGUACGCCGAGGCGGUGGCCGCGGCCAGGGGCGGCGGCGGCCUCGGGGACGGGGACGCCGGCGCCGGCGCCGGCGUCGAGCUGCUGGAGACCAUGGGAGAGGGCCACGUCUUCUACCUCUUCAAACCCGACUGCGACAAGGCCAAGGAGAUGCUGGACAAGAUGGUCGUCUUCAUCAAUGCGCCGUGA